ACGUUUUCUAAACUUAUAUCCUCUCAUUUUCUCUCCUCAUAGCAACUGAAAAUAGCUAAAAUCAUCUCAAUUUUUCCCAUUUGGAUCGAAGCUAUUUACAAGAAGGUUAGUUAUUCUUCAUGUACAUUCUAAUAUUUAUUCGUUAUUAUAAUAUAAAUUAUUUAUGUUGAUAAUCUUUUAGUGUUGUGAAGAAUUAAAACAAUAUUCAUGUUUGAUAGUAUUUUAUAAAAAAUUUAUAAUUGACCAUGUAUAUAUGUGUUGAUAAUGUGAUAGUCUAAUUAGUGGUUAAUUAGAUAUAAUUUUUAGCAAUUAUGCACUACAUUAUGUGUAAUAAGAUUUAACAAAUACAUAAAUCUAAACAUGAUGUUUGAAAACAAUAUAGUUCUAGUUAUAUUAACAUGUGUCUACGAACCAUUUAUCUUGGCAAGUCAAGCCAUGCAAGUCUAUUUUUGUAAUUAUCCAAGUCUUAGGCGAGACAAGAUGGACUGGUUGGUUGUAUGCAAAAUUAAGGCUCGUCCACUUGUUGAAUUGUCACAAGCAUCUCAAUCACACCAAGAGCCAUAUCAAGAUGAAACACCGGAAAACUUAAAUAGGAUCGAUAUAAGAGAUAUUCCGACACAUCUAAAUGAUAAUGAAGGCAUUUUAGAUUUAGAUGACGGUGAAGGAUCACCGGAAGAAGAGAUUGAGCUUGAUUCGGAUUCGGAAGAAGGAAGAUCUUCACAAAGUGAUGAUAUUCAUAAUUAUGGCUCUGAUAGCAAUAAUUCUUCUAAUUAGACCGCCAAACCAAAUAAAAGAGCGGCCUGUUUGAGCAAGACCAAAAAUAAGGGCGGCACAUUGUGAAAAGAGGAACAUAAAAGCGGGUUAGGGUUACUGUGAAGCUCUCAUUCUCUCUCAAACGACAAUCUAUCAAGCGGCAAAAUCUUCAGGGAUGAGUACACGAAGAAUUCGACUAUCAAGUAGCUCCAAUCCAAGGAACUCGACAGAAAACACACCAGUUGGAUCACAACAAUCAGAGCGACAACACACACCUGCACAAUCACAGCCUAACACCCCAAAUGUUUCUACAGCAUCCGCAAAUGAAUCUGCAAAUGAAUCUGCAGAUGAAGGUUGGGUAGUUGGCUCUAUGCAUAACGAUGGGCGUUUAAGGAUCGAAGUAAUUAGUGGAUUGUUGGAGCCUUCGGGUGCAUGCUCACGAGCAAUCACAGACUCUAUAUCCGAGAGGCAGGAUCCCACUGGAUUUAACUGGAAGGUAGUGUCGAAGGAGGUUAAAGAUUUUUAUUUCGAGGAGUUUAAGAAAUCUUUUGUUUGGAGACAAGAAGACAAACAAAUAUACAAAGCAUGGGUAAAAAAAGCAAGAAAUCGAUAUUCCAACUUUUGUAGUGAUGCUCGGAAAAAAUGGGAAGCUGGUGAAGUGGACAAUAGAGUAGCCAUGCAUGUAUGGCUACCUUGGGUUGAGUUUUGGAAAACUCCAGAUUUCCAGACUAAAUCAAAAACUCAAAAGAAAAAUCGUCGUGGUGGGACGGACCACUACCCUCCAACUCACACAGGUGGUUCAGCAUCCUUAAGAACUCAUGCUGCUGUUCUGGCGGAGACUAAUGGUAAAGAUCCAACUCCGGCCGAUGUGUAUUUGCUUACACAUACUAAGAAACGUGACAAAAAGACCUUUGUUACUAAGAAAGCGGAAGCAGUAUAUAAUAAGGUUAUUGAAAUUCGUGAGGAACGCUCUAAACCUAUUGAAGGUUCUGAUGAACCUCAGAUUGUUGAUGAAGACGAAAUAUUCUUGGAGGCAGUUGGAGGGCUGGACAAAAGAAAUAGAAUAUAUGGCUUGGGUUCUUUGCAAAGCGUCAUAUAUGGGCCAGAAAGCAAGAGCAGUACAUCCACUUCCCGUUACAGUGGCUCUAACUUCAAUAAAGAAUAUGAGCUAAUGCAGGUUGAGCUCCAAGAAAUGAAGGAACAGGUAAAGGAGUUACAGGAGACGAGAGAUAAGGAACUUGAAGAUAUGAGAAACCAAAUGGAAGAGAUGAAGAGCCAACUUGCUUUGGUAUUUAAAAAUCAGAACACAAGUUAGGCAAGUUCAUCAGUACAAAAGACAAUAGCAAGCUCCUGCUUUUAUAUAUUCUGCUAUAUAUUUUGUACCAACUUAAUGAAUGGUAUUUGUGAAUAUUUGGAUACUUGUGAUCAGGUACUUUAUUUCUAAUCAAAGUUAGUCUUUCUUUUGAUUCUACAA